AUGGAUCCCUAUAGCAAUACUCUUUAUAUGUUAGAUGAAGAUUAUUUCGAUCAUGAGGAUCUUAUGAUAGAAGCAAUGGCCGUACAUAGACAACAACGUGCAACUCUUGGAGCAUCUUCUUCACGUCGUCCUAAUUCUCAACCUUGUAUGUUCAUCCGACGCAAUCCAUUGGAAGGUCAUGAACGCCUUUGGAAGGAUUACUUUGUUCAACCGCCAAUAUAUCCGCCAAACGUUUUUAGGAGGCGAUUUCGAAUGAAUCGUGAUCUUUUUUUGCGUAUACAUUUUGCAGUUGUCACUCAUGAUGAUUAUUUUAUCCAAAAGAGAGACGCCAGUGGGAGGCUUGGAUUGUCCUCCCUUCAAAAGAUGACCGCGACAAUUAGGAUGCUCGCAUAUGGGGUAACAGCAGAUCUUAUGGAUGAGUAUGUAAGAAUUGGAGAAAGUACUGCACGGUUGAGUAUGAAGAAAUUUGUAAAGGCGAUCGUGUCAAUCUUUGGGGGUGAGUACUUGAGGUCUCCAACCAGCAAUGAUAUAGCAAGGUUACUAGAAGUUGGACAAAGGCGUGGAUUUCCAGGAAUGUUGGGUAGCAUUGAUUGUAUGCACUGGAAAUAGAAGAAUUGUCCUAGUGCUUGGAAAGGUAUGUACUCUGGUCACGUAAAUGAACCAACUAUUAUUUUGGAAGCUGUUGCCUCUUAUGAUCUUUGGAUAUGGCAUGCUUUUUCUGGUUUACCUGGGUCUCAUAACGACAUCAACGUACUUGAUCGAUCUUCUGUUUUUGCUGCGUUGGCCGAAGGCCGUGGUCCUCCAUGCAACUAUAGUAUCAAUGGUCACGAGUACACAAUGGGAUAUUAUCUUGCUGAUGGUAUAUAUCCUUCGUGGGCAACAUUAGUAAAAACAAUUCCUGCUCCACAUGGGAAAAAGAAAAAACAUUUUGCUGCUUGCCAGGAGUCUGCAAGGAAAGAUGUCAAACGUGCGUUCGGAGUACUCCAAUCUAGAUUUGCAAUUGUGCGUGGACCUGCAAGGUAUUUCCAACCUGAAGUUUUAAAAGAUAUUAUGUACGCAUGCAUUAUCUUGCACAAUAUGAUUGUUGAAGAUGAACGUCAUCUAUAUCUCGGGGCUGACCAAUUCAAUUAUGAAGCCAAUGAUGAUACUCCAUCCGAGCCAAUUUCACGCGAUAAUAUACCUGAAUUAAUGGAGUUCAUUGCCCAACAUCAUCGUAUUAGAGAUAGAGUCACUCAUUCUCAACUCCAAGCCGACCUUAUCGAGCACUUAUGGAAUAUGCAUGGCCGAGCAUAAUAUGGAUUUCUUGAAAAGCCAACGUCAUCUUCGUUGGUGUAUUGUAGUGCUCAUUAAAAUUCAACUUCUUUUUAUGACUUCCUUUUUAUUAUUUUAAUGUUGAGAACCUAUCACUAGUUUGUUUAAUUGAAGGCAGUAUCACUUGUUCAUCGUAUUAA